AUGCUGGAGCCCGAAGUCACCGAUGUUGCCUCGGAGAUCUUGGAGUUCGACCUAGGACUUAUCCUCAACUAUGCAGCUUCCGAAGCCGAGGUUCAACAGAGACAGAAGAAACCAAAGAAUGAACCCAACCUGGAAAUACCAUGGAUGCCAGUGAUCCAACGUCAGGUUAGGAUGAGAGAAGCGUCGCCAGUGACACUUUCUCAAGAGACACUUUCCAAGCACCUUGGGAGGGGCAUCAUCAGCCAGGAGCUGGGGAUGUUCACAUUUACCACGGAGGCAUUUGAUAUCAAAGCGGGUACGCCUGAUCCUUCAUUGCUCCUGUAUCAGAGCAAACAGAAAAGUGUGCUACGAAAGGGUACGCUUGUUUCUUUCAACAUUGUGAACGAGAGCGAGAGAACAGUGGUCUUUAAUGAGCUAAGGUUCAUCAAUAAUAGAUUAAAGAAGUGCCGUUCACAUUUCAGACUUUCUCGCUUGCAACUAUCCAUUGAGCUAGAUACUGUCACAAACAGUUUAAAUAUCCUUUUGGCAUAUACUGUGGAGCUAGAGCCUCUGUUCCAUAGGUACUUCUCCUCAGAUGUAUCUUCUCAGCUCGUCUCUAUACUUCGCCCUAAUAUGAUCGCUUAUCCAACAGAUACAGACCCAUUUUACCAGAGCUACGAAUCCAUGCCAACAGAUGCUCAUCUUUUCUAUAAAGUCAUCACAGAUAAUACCAGCCGCAUGCCACUGGUUACAAGCAAAAUGUCACAUCCCCAGUUGUUCACCGACCUUCUUCCAUUUCAAAGGAAAACAGUGAAAUGGCUUUUAGAGAAAGAAAGUAUGGUAUACGAUGAGGAAACAAGAAGUUCAAAGUACGUUCCACUAUUAUCUGAUGAGCUUGUAGUGGCUCUUCAAAGCUAUCCUGACGUUGACCACGAAAAGCUAGACCAAGGAAUAUAUCCGGUAAUUAAUAAGCUCUGUUACGGAUGGAAUCGUGUUUUAUUAAAGAACGAUAUUUGUUGGGUUAAUGAGCUCACUGGAAAUGUUCUCACAAGAGACGCUAUGGUUGAGUUCUUGUUAAAGAGUUACGAGGACGUAAACAAGGAGCCUAUUCCAGCCCGUGGACUUUUAUCAGAGGAGAUGGGCUUAGGUAAGACGAUUGAGGUGAUAGACCUUGUACUUCUAAAUCCUCGCCCACGUCAAGAAGUGGGUCAGGAAAUAAGGCUUCAGCUUCAAAAAGAAGGUGACAUAAGGACUGUUAUUAAAGCCAAAACCACGCUUAUUACUGCUCCUCAGACGAUCAUUCAUCAAUGGUACAACGAGAUUUCACGUUUCAGUCCGGGCCUACUGGUGACGAUUUAUAGAGGCUUGGGCAAAUACCCGGAACUUGCAAAUCUACCGCGUUACAUUGGUGAAUAUCUUAGACGUUUUGACAUUGUUUUGUUAAACUAUGCGAAUAUGUCGAGCGAAGCUGACUAUGCUAAUUACACUUCAAGACAUAUGAUCACACGAGGGGGCAAGAAGAGAUCCUCGUCAGAGGUGAAGGAAGAAGAAGCCCUGUCCUCAACUACCGACCCUUUGAGCGCCGAAAGCUAUAAAGCAGAGUUUGCUUUUGCUGACAGAGAGAAGGUGCAAUCAGAUGCUUUAGUGAGUCAAAAGAGAUACGAGCGUGCAGUGAUGGAGGAGAUGGCUGCCAAGGUCCGAAAGCAAGAUAUGAGCAAGAUUCCCCAUACUGAGUACUACGAAUCACCAUUGAUGCUGAGCCAAUGGUGGAGGGUGAUCAUGGAUGAAGUCCAGAUGGUAUCUUCAGUUGCUUCCAACGCUUUUAGUACCGCCUCCUUGAUACCUCGUUUCCAUUCUUGGGGUGUGUCAGGCACACCAGCACGACUGGUGGCAGUUCUUCAGUUCUUGAGGUUUCCUCCAUUCAACUAUGAAAUCUCCAAAUAUUGUUGGAAGAGGGUCACACAAUUUCCAGAGAGUAACGUUGAUUUUGUCAAAGUGUGGCUGGGCUUAGCUCUUCGUCAUACUAAAGCUAUGGUGGAUGAAGACAUCAAAUUACCUCCACAAAGAAGAAUUCUCCUUACUAUUCCUUUGACCAAAGUUGAACAAGACAAGUAUACUCAGAUGUACGAGUCCUGUCUUGCUUCCAUCGGAAUUUAUCUUGACAAGAACCAAGUUCCCAGCCGUACCGAGUUGUCACAAUCUGACUGCGUUCAUCUCAGGUCGUGGUUGGUAAAAUUGAGGCAACUUUGUGGUAACUUGCAAAUAGGCAAUCUUCCCAUCUUCAAAGGGAAGAAAAGCAAGUUUUUAUUACAAGGUUUACCUGAGAUGAAGACCCUCGGCAGCGUACUCGAUGACAUGAUGAGUAGCGUGCUUGCAGAAAUCAAUGAAGGAGAAAGAGCUGUUAUAAGCAGACUUCUUGAUAUAGCUCAACUUCUUGAGUAUGUCUUAUUACCAGAGAAAGUCGUGGAGCUGUUGGAUAGUGGACUCCACGAAGCUCUGAAGCUCAUCUAUCAGAUUGAGACUAGAUUACAUUCAGAUAUCACGGAACUCAAUGGUCACAAGACUUUCCUCAAGAGAUAUGACGUCCUAUCGACGAAACAGCUUGCGACGGUUUCAGAUGAUGAAGAUGACGAUGUUGAGAUUGAAGAUGAUAAAACCGUUAUUAAGAAGGAGGAGCCGGCAGUAGCAAACGAUGCAGAAGUUCACGAGGCUAUUUCCAAGUUUCAAAAACUCAAAGAGUCGACUACUGCUGAUAGAGUCAGGCUUCGUUCCUUGAAGAUGCUUCAGCAUAAAUGCUACUUUUUGUUGGCAUCAGCGCAUUUUCAACUUUACGAUGAGGAAUACCAGAAGAAGAUUUCGGAGAAGAAAUGUGAGUUUGACUCAUUAAGCACGUUAGAGAGUAACACUAUUGGUGUCAAGCUUUUAAAGUCUGAUGAAAUUAAUCAUCUCAGGCUUCACAGUGGACUGAACGGUGAUAAAGGCUAUCAAAUACCUAAUUAUUUGGACGGAUUUAAAACUCCAGAAGACUUGUCUCUACAGGAGCAAAAGGUAGAGCGCCAUAAACAUCUUGAGCUGAAAUUCUACGAGCUUGCAGAACAAAGCAGAAAGGAUAUCUUGAAGCAUUCUAUAAAAGACGUCCAUGAAGUCACAUUAAAGCGUAUCUCAAACAAGCCUACUGUCGACAAACUGAAAAUGAUAAAUGAUGGUGAAACUACGUUUCCAAAAACAUCCAGAAAACUCAUGAAGGGAAUUCCACGGAUAGAUAUUGAUGAAUGGCAAGAGCUUGUUGGUACCACCAAGGUGAAACAGAUUAUGACUCAAAUCGGUAACGUGGUAAACGAGCUCAAUAAACAAGCGGAAGUUAUCACAGAAUUUGUCGAUCAAUUGGUGCAGCUUUUAUGUAACCCGCUAUUAUCUGACGAAAAGAGUCCGGAUGGUGAAGAGUAUGAGAAGUCUUUGGAAGAUCAAGAUCGAGCUGCUUGUCUCAUGGUGGUCAUUUCCCAACUUUUGAUGGACCGGUCAAACACCAUACUCGAGAAGAAGACACGCUCAACGGAGGUGAAGAAGAAGCAAGAGAGAGAUUUGAAGGAGGAAGCAAGGCGUGUUACUGACAAAGCAUUUCUUCGUGUACUUCAAAAGAGUCGGACGGAUUGUAAGCCCAAGUCUGACUUGUCUCUUGAAGAGUUAUUGCAAGACGUUAGGCUUUUGGAACAUGAGAUGGGCGAAGCCAGAAGCGUGCAAGGCGAAACAUUCCAUGAGGUAGCAGAAGCAUUGAGAAGCAUAUUUGAGAACGAGAAGAACUGCCAGGAACUCUUACAGAAAGAGAUGAGUUCCAGUUACAAUGCCGUUUUCAAUGCUAGAGUCGAAUACUUCAAGCAGUUGCAGCAAAUCUCAGACAGUGUGCAAGGUAAGACUUACUGCACUGAGCAAGAUAAUCUUGAGCCUUCCAAAGUGAACUCAGAAGUGGCAUCCCAUUUAAUGCUUUUCACUGCAGCGCAAAGGAAACUUACAAGGGCUGUUUCACGUUUCCGUUACCUUUCGACUUUGAUACCCAAGGAGGAGCUCGCCAUAAAGGAAGAGGACGGAGACAACGAAUCCAACGACUGUGUCAUCUGUCAAUCACAGAUCGUUGUGGGCUCGCUUACACCAUGUGGUCAUAAAUUUUGCAAGGCUUGUUUGGAAGAAUGGCUCAAAUCUCGUUCAUCUUGUCCUAUUUGCAAAACAUAUACGACCAGAGACACCGUUCACCAUUUCACACACUACAGUUCAGACCUUAAAGCAAAGUCGGUUGAGAACGGUACACAUGAUGCCGCAAGUCACAAAGAUGGCGCUGAAUCGGCUGCUGUCCACCAGGUUUACAGACAGCUUGAUGAUGAGACAUUGAGGAGAAUUUCUCAGAUCAAGCUUCAAAAUUCCUAUGGAUCAAAAGUUGAUUUGAUAGUUAAGCAGGCGCUUUAUUUAAGAAGCGAGGAUCCUGAAGCACAGAUUGUGAUUUUCAGUCAAUGGCAAGAUCUUUUGGUUAUCUUGGCUUUUGCUUUGGAUAUGGCGGGUAUUACGUACGUAUCUGCUAAGGGAUCUCAUGUGGCUCAGUACAAGAACAAGAAGGAGGAUCCUGUUGAAGAAUUCAAGAGGAAAGAUGACAUUAAAACAUGUUUCCUAUUAAAUGCACAAGCUCAAGCCAGUGGAUUGACGCUCAUAAAUGCGGCUCAUAUCUUCUUGUGCGAGCCGCUAGUCAACACUCCCGUCGAGUUACAGGCGAUCUCAAGAAUUCAUCGGAUUGGACAAACGAAAGUCACUACUGUGUGGAUGUUUGGUAUCGAGAAUUCUGUUGAGGAGAACAUCGUCGCACUUGGAACAAGGAAUAGACUCGAAUACUUGAAAGCCAACGCUAAGGAAGCGAAGAAGAAGAAAACAAAGAGACGGAAGUUAGACACCACUAUGGAGGAACAAGAAGAUUCAAAGGAUGCACCAUUAGCAGACGAUGAACUCAAAACUGCCGAAUCGUACGCGUUAUCACUCGGUUUAACGUCAGAGAAAAGUACCGGUAGAGUCUUUUCUGGAAUCAGUGAAUCGGUGAGUGAUUCAGAUCUUCAACAAGUGUAUUUCGGGGACUUAAAGCAAACAUAG